GCCAUUUUUAUGUCAGUUGUUUAUAACAAAAACUAAGAAAAAAGCCGUUAGUUGAUGGAGUUAGACGUCUUUUAUGUUUUUGUUCGAUAAAAGAUCAAAGUCAGCACAUCACUGGUAAUGCUGGAGUCUCAUUGCACUUGAACCAGGCUCCAGCUGCUGUGAGAGAUGGAGGAACUCUACACUUUAGAGAAGGAGGUUGGACGAGGCAGCUAUGGUGUGGUCUUUGAGGGCCAUAUGGCCAAAACAGGACAGAAGGUGGCCAUCAAGCGGCUGCCUUGCAGCAACCCAGAGUGCAUUGAACUCUACCUGCAAGAGCUUUGGGCCAUGAGAGCCACAGCUAAGAACCAUAUCAAUGUCAUUGCACUGCACAGCUGUCUUCUGCAGACUGGGCCAAGAAACCUGAAGAACCUCAAACCAGGGAAGCUGCCCUUAUGUCUAGUUGAGAGUGUGCUGAAGGGCAGUGUGGUUGGCAAACUCCAAAGUCAGGAGCACAAUAAUUCCCAGCCCAACAACCAAAGGAGGUCUCAUUCUGUUUCUAGACUUGAAGACAGGACUAACACAGUCCUAGAUAAGGUGAAGCCCACUGAAAAUACAAGAUUGUCUGAUUCUACAACUCCCCGCAGGCCUCAAAACAAAGGCCGAAAAAGACCAGCUCAGAGUGAGGAAGAGCAGCCAGCACCCCGGCGCUCGCUGGCUCUGUGGCUAGUGAUGGAGUACUGUGAUGGGGGUGACCUAAAUCAGUACCUGCUCUCCAGGCCACCAGACGCCCAGCGUAAUCACAGUGUGGUUAAGCAGCUCUGCAGCGCUCUGGCCUUUCUGCAUAGUCUGGGCAUUACCCACCGAGACCUGAAGCCUGACAAUGUACUCGUCUGUGUGACACCUAAAGGCCCGGUUGUCAAGGUGGCAGACUUUGGUUUGAGCAAGAUGAGUGAAGGUCUGGUGGAUGGUGAUCUCACCAGGCAGCACUUCUCCUCCACCUGUGGCUCUGACUUCUACAUGGCUCCAGAGGUGUGGGGUGGACUGACCUACACUGCCCAGGCAGACAUCUUCUCCCUGGGUGUGAUGUUCUGGGCUGUGCUGGAGAGGAUCACCUUCGUGGAAGAAGGGACCACUCAGGAACAACUGGGUGCCUACGUAUGUAAGGGCCGCUGGUUGAUGCCGCUGGGUGAAGCUCUGUGGGAGAACGCUGACCUCCAGCUGUGUAUCCCUAUGAAGUUUAAGAGAGCGCCCCCGCUGCCACCCCCUCCUGGUCCAGCUGUGUGCACUCUGCUUUUAGAGAUGCUUGCCUUAAACCCGGAUGAUCGGCCCUCUGCAGACCAGCUGGAGGCCAGAAUGUGCUCUGCCCUGAAAAAGGAUUCCCACUGACAGACAGAGCGCUUAAGAGACCAUAAUGGCAGCGACCACUGUAGCAACUCCAGGGGAAUAUAGACCCUGGACCCCCUGGCUGCAGGGCUUCCCACAUGUUCAGGAAUUGCCACUUUGCUGCUGAAGUCAAAUGGAUUUUGCAGAUAUUAAUGACUUUAAUGACAUUUUGACUAUUAUUUGACACAGUAACAGGAAAUAAAUUCAUUACUGAGUAUGGAACAUAAAAAAGAUGUAAGUAGUGAUUUUGAAAAGGGCUCUUUAAGGGAUAUACAUUGAUGCUGGGGGAGUCCAUAAAGGGGUUAAGUGGGAUUUACUCCAGCAUUGUUUGAUGUAAGCACCAUGCUGUUGCUUGGUCCUUGCAUGCUUGACAUAGAAAAUCCAUUUCACUGAGAAUAUAUCGCUAAAAUGAAUGCAAAGAUGACUGCUGCUGCUUCUAAUCUGGUUCUGCAGGGUUGCAAUGAUCAGGGCUUUUCACAAGCGCUAGCUGCAGACUAAAUAGCCAACUAGUCGCUCAGUUACAGCUUACUACUUUAUCCUGCUGUCUUAAUAAAAUAGUUUGACCAAGUCACUUUUCUUGUACGUAUAGAUUAAGAAUAUUGUCCGUCCAUGCCAUUCAUUUAAAAGUAAACAGAGAGAAGAGGUAGGAGCAGUCCAACAUCACUUCGCACUCUCCAGAGUGACCCCAUCCUUGUUUGGGUAAAAAUAACCCCAGAGACUGAAUGAUGGUAGAUCAGAAAACAACAGUAGCAGUGCAAUUAAACACUACUGUGCUGCAUUAUGUGUAGCAAAAAAAAGAAAAUAAUAAAGGUUCCUCAGAUGACACAGAAAUGUAGCAAAGAGCUCUGGGCUUUAAGCUGAAAUUAGAGAGGAGUGAAGCGGUCAAACGUCAAAUUCUUCACACAUUAACUUUUGUAUAGAUACAGUCAGCACUGUGUCAUAAAGUCUUACUUUUGCUUGAGGGAAGUCUUUAGUUUUAAAUGGCACUAAGACGUCUUAAUGAAAUCGUUGUUUUCUGGCCAACUUUAUACACUUUUAAUUAUUCUUUUUUGUGUAUAUGUUUGUCCAUGUUACAGUCCUCAGGCCUACCAAGUUUCCCAUGAAAACACGUUUGGUUUCCUCUUAUCUUGUAAGGUCCUCCUAGACAAAAAGUGUCGUUUUUCUUUUUAAUAACAAAACUGUUGUAUCAGGUUAGCACGCCUGAAAAUAUGGUAUGAUAAAUAUCGCCACAUGGUAUAUAGGAAAGCGACAUUGAGUGUGCCAAAAAUCAUCAAAUUUGGGCUUUUGUGACCCAAAAAUGCCUGAAAAUCAGUUCUGGUCAAGCAUACCGAGAUAUCUCGCAUACAUUUUCAACUGCUGUGCAAAAAAAGUAGUAUUAUUUUUUCUGAGUUCAGGUCUUGAAAAGUCUUAAAUUUGAUGUAGGAACCCUGUCACAGCAUGCAAGCAACAGACAUUUUUUCCAUUUCACAGCAUUGCAUGCUCGCUGUCCAAACUGGAUCUGUUAAAUGUUUAAAGUCCCUGUGAAGUGAAAUCCAAACUUUGUGUCUUAACUCGAUAUGUCGGAAUAAGGUUCCUGUAAAUAUGUAAAAACACUGAGAUCUAAGUGUGACCAAAUUUUGGAUUUAGAGUGUUAGAAAGUUUGUCACCUCUUUCCUGGCUUGGUUUUAUUUGAACAUGGCAAACAUCUGAGCCCAUGACAUCACCAGUCUUGAUGGGGAAUUACCCCGCCCCCCCUUAAUGUUCAAACGAUAUAAAAUCACCAAGCAGGUCCUCUCCAAACAGUCUUCUGUUAGCUGAUGUCACUGCCUAUAUUGACAGUUAACAGCCAGUCAUGUGCUGUUUUUGUUCACUGUGAGGUAAAUUUCCCAAAUCUUUUGAUCCAUAGUUUGUGUCUGCCCUGGCAUAGAGCCAGGCAGCUGUGCUCUGAUCAGAAGCGUUUAAGAGAAUCGCACUUCUCGUGAGUGGGUGUGGCUUCAGCUCAGUCAACUGACACGCCCACUCAUCUUACAGCAGACUUAACUGCCUCAUUUUUUAUGAUUUUAAAGCUUAAUUUUAUAAACGUAGAAAUGUUUUUCAGGACUCAAAUCUGGCUUAGUGGUUCAUAACACAGUGCCCUGUUGUACAACAACCCUAAAAUAAAGAUUUUUUUAUCACUUUACAGGGACUUUAAAUGUGCCAGAAAUCAUCAAAUUUGACCCCCAAAAUCAAUUUGCCCUAAACCAUUUGACAUUUUAUAAACCAUCCAUUAAAGCAGAAAAUUUAGACCUGGUUCUGUGUACUGAGAAUUCUCAUGCCUUUCAUUUUUGACAGUUUACUGUUCAAAAAGUGGCAUUAAUUUGAUUUUCAAAAGCGUGUAGUAACCCUAAGACCCUGUCUUCCCCAUUAACCAACAUCAUUUUGAGUGUUUCACCUGGAUAAAGGUGGCACCAGCAUUAUUUGGGCAAAGUAAACAGUUUGAUUGCUCUUAUUAGUUGUUUUUUUUUACUCAAUCUGAAAACCUUAUGGUAACAAAAAUAAGCCUAAAAGAUGUGCAAAACCCUGUAGUUCCUCUAGUGUCCACUUGAGAAUGACUGCAAAAUAACCAGAAGUCACAAACACAAUUCAUGUUGAAAUGCUGAUUUUUAUGUGAAAAUUAAACUUGAACAGCCUGAUUCAGAAACAGUUUUGGUUGGAAUAGUUCCUGUCUUUAUGGGCACAUUGCACUAAGGAUGGGCUUUAAUGACUUCUUUUUCUGUUUAAAUAAGGGUAUUAAUUUAACAUUAUCAGGACAAAAUGAAUAAAGCACAUGUAAUCUGUUCAAAUGAAAAUACUUGAAUAAGAGAAAGAGAUACAAAAAAAAAUGCUUUUCACUUGAAUUUUAAUUUGACUACGAGGUCUAUUUUUUUUGUAAUAUUUAAAAGUUUUAUAUAUUAGAUAUAUAUAUAGAUUUAGUGUGUCGUUUUACUCAUGAAAGCUGUCAUACUGGUUCAUUGUGAGCAUUUAUUGUGACAUAUAGACUGGAAAUGAUGAAGCGUAGCUGCACAGAGCUCCCAGUGACUAACCAGCACUGAUAGACCGUCUUCUCAUGAAGGGGAAAUGAAAGGCAGGCAUUAGCAGUGUCACUGAUGCGAUCCAGUCCACAGCAUUUAUUACAGCUCAUCAGUCUUAGUCAGCUUUAUUUUAUAUGACUGCUUAUUUCCUGACUUUCUCCUCAUGUGUUCAUUACAUUGAUUUAUGAUAACAUGAUAUGUCCAAAAGCCAAAGUUGUUCAAAUAAAAGAAAAUCUAAACAUUA